GGUCACCUUCUUUGACCCAGGAUAUAAUGUAAGCCAAGCUUACUUUACACUGUGAAAAACAUGAGCUAAUUGUGCAUAUCAAAGCAAGUUCUUCAAGAAGAGAGAACUGCCGUACCUUUCCCCUAUUUGAGAGGAGAGAGAAGGAAGGGCCAAGCUGAGAAUCUCUGGAGACUGGUGUGCAAGUUUGCUUCUGGUGAAAAGUUAACGAUCACUUGCCUCUGUUCUCACCUCUGAACCUUGAGAAAGUAGCAAACUUGAGUUUUCUCUCUAUUCAGGUGAUCCAGAAUCUGCUCUACCUCCCUUCUUUCCAUUGUCCUUAUACAUACGCCUCAGAGUAAAGUGACUGGCUUGAAGAGAUCACAUACAACCUUAAGAAACCUGCUCAAGUGAGCACCUGUCAACAGGUUACUUGAAUUUCAAAUAAGGGUUCGAUAAUGCCACCCACGCCAGGCGCCCCGCCUCAGUACCCGCCUCCUGACGGAGGCUGGGGCUGGGUGGUGGUUGGAGCUGCUUUUAUAUCCAUUGGAUUCUCAUAUGCAUUCCCCAAAGCAGUCACAGUGUUCUUCAAAGACAUUCAGGAAAUAUUCAAUACUUCUUACAGUGAAAUAGCCUGGAUAUCAUCUAUAAUGCUGGCCGUUAUGUAUGCAGGAGGUCCCAUCAGUAGUAUUUUGGUGAAUAAGUAUGGCAGCCGGCCAGUGGUCAUGGUAGGAGGCCUGCUGUGCUGCGUGGGAAUGAUCUUGGCCUCCUUCAGCAACAGCGUUGUACAGCUUUACAUCACCGUGGGUUUCAUUGGAGGUUUAGGUUUAGCCUUCAACCUGCAACCAGCCUUAACAAUAAUUGGCAAAUACUUCUAUAGGAAACGACCCAUAGCAAAUGGAUUGGCCAUGGCAGGAAGUCCUGUUUUCUUAAGUACAUUGGCCCCCUUCAAUCAGUUUCUUUUUAAUACUUACGGCUGGAAGGGAAGCUUUUUGAUUUUAGGAGCUAUAUUUUUAAACGCCUGUGUGGCUGGGGCCCUCAUGAGGCCCCUUGAGCCCAAAAAAACUACUACUCACUCUAAGAAAAAGAUUGGCAUAAAAGAGGAAGGUUCAGGUUCAAAUAAAAUUCGUAAGAAGAAAUCACUAGCACAAAAAAUUAAUGAGUAUUUAGAUUUCUCUCUUUUCAAGCAUAGAGGAUUUCUUAUCUACCUCUCUGGAAAUGUCAUUAUGUUUCUAGGGUUUUUUGCCCCUGUUAUAUUCUUGGCUCCAUAUGCUAAAGACCAGGGAAUAGAUGAGUAUUCUGCAGCUUUCUUGCUUUCUGUAAUGGCUUUUGUUGAUAUGUUUGCUAGGCCAAGUAUAGGAUUAGUUGCAAACUCCAAAUUUGUACGACCACGAAUCCAGUACUUCUUCAGCCUUGCAGUCUUGUUCACUGGAGUGUGCCAUCUCUUAUGCCCUCUGGCCAAGAAUUACUCAAGCCUGGUGGUAUACGCUGCAUUUUUUGGCUUUGGAUUUGGGAGUGUUAGCAGCAUCCUCUUCGAAACUCUCAUGGACCUUGUUGGUGCGCCAAGGUUCUCCAGUGCUGUGGGCCUUGUCACAAUUGUGGAAUGCGGCCCAGUUCUUCUGGGCCCUCCUCUUGCUGGUAAAUUGGUGGAUGUAACUAAAAAAUAUGAAUACAUGUAUAUAGCCUGUGGGGCUAUUGUGGUCACAGCUAGCAUAUGGCUGCUCAUUGGCAACGCUAUAAACUAUAGACUGCUUGCAAAGGAGAGGAAGCAGGAGCAAGCAAGGAAGAAGGAGGCACGAUCGCACGAAUCCAGAGAAGCAGAACCCUUGAGCAAAUCCAGACAAGACGAAGUCGCGGUCAAAACUCCACAAGCACAGAAUGCGCCUUCAGAAAGAGAAACUAAUAUUUAAGAAGAACCACAUCCCUGAUUUGGGUUUAUGAAUUUACUUAGGAGUUUGUUUUACUUUUAAAAAUAUUGCAAAGGUUUUUCAUUAACAUGAGGAGUUAUAACUAAAGAGGGAAAGAGAUUUUCUUAAAUAACAAAUUAUAAAUUAGCUUUUGAAAACCUACUGAUACUUAAAUGUUGAGAUUACAUAUAUCUAAUCCAUGCAAUUUAUAUGUUUCCAUACAUGACUCAGGAUUUCAUGGUUAAAAUACAAAUUUCAGAGUCUUCCACUUACUUCUAUUCUUGGUAAUAGAAAGACAUCUGAAUCCCAUGGCUCUGGUUUAAUUAAUUAAGAACAUCUUUAAUCCCAUACAGUGAUCUUCACAUUUUAUUUUUAUUUGGCAUUAAAGUAUGAAGUUGAACUGGAGGAAAAUAAUUUAUUUUCUGACA